AUGCAUCCUCACGGCCUCAAUGCUCCGAUCAGGGACUAUCUCCACCGAGGCUUCUCCCCGAGGUUCCUCUUUUAUAAGACUGGCUCCCCUCAAAAUGGGCGCACCCCCUCCUUAUUCCGUCUGUCCCUCAUGUCUGACCCCGGCGCUGCCACUCCUACGCUGAUGGUGGGGUCGUCACGACAAAGUGCCGCUAUGUCUACCCAGAAAAUGUCUCGGUCGCGUGACACUUUGAUGGAGGAAGAAGAAGAAGAAAGACAAGCUACGAAUACCGAUGAACUAAGGCCUGCCGAGGGACCUGGAUCCAGAGCCCCUGUUCCGGACAAAUUUGCGCACACUGUAUUUGAUCCAAGAGUAGCCCCUUUGCGAAAGAUUUAUACCAAGAUCAUGGUCAUGACUUUAGUGCUCACGAUUGUUAUGAUGUGGAUAUGCCUUCCGGUUUAUUGGGGCUCAUUAGCUCGAAGUGCCACCCAUGCGCCAUCCCUAACGACCUGGGUCAUUGACAGAGAUGGGGGAGAAAUCGGACAGUCAGUAGUUCAAGGGUUACUUGAAACAACUCGGUCAGGGUCGAAGAGCCACCUUGGAUGGCGUCAACUCGAUCCCAAUGAAGUAUCAGAUGUUGCGGAGGCUGUGAUAGACGAGAAGGCUUGGGGCGCGGUUGUCAUUAAUGCCGGUGCUUCUUCUCGACUUAAUGCUGCACGGAUAGUGGGAAAUUCAUCGUACAAUCCAACAACGUCCAUCACAUUUUAUUAUGCACAAGCUCGAAACGAGUUGGCCACUGGAAACUAUGUUGUUCCUUUGACUACCGCGGCCCUCACCCAGGCAAAUUUUGCAACGUUUCAACACCAACUCCGCGGCCUCGUACCUGACGUCCAUCUCCGGGAAUUCGACUGCACUCCAGGCAUUGACAUCCGCCCCUCAAACAUUAACAACGGGUGCUUGGUGGACAGCCGAAAACCUGAGGCCAUACAAGUGAAUCUGCAGUCUAUCUGUCUCAAAGACGUGAUCUUGACAGAGAUUUAUAGUGCCCCGGUUGCGACCGCGCUGACCCUUGUGGGUCAAAUAUACUUGUGCAUUUUCGCAUUUAUCAUGACAAUGACAAAUGAUGCCGCGCGGGGCAUUUUUGGCCCAUUUCUUCGCCUCCGCUCCUACCUUUACCUACGUAUACUGGUUCCACUCGGGCUUUACUUUCCUCUUUCUUUAGCAUUUGCUAUGGUAUCUCUACCCUUCCAUGCACCUUUCGGAACCAAGUACACCUAUGCAGGUGGAUUCUUUCUUUAUUUUGUCUACACCUAUAUGGGGAUGUGUGCUCUUGGUCUCGCCACCGAAGCCAUGGUCACCAUACUCACCCCUAGGUUUAUGGCAUUCUUCCUCAUCCCCCUAAUUAUUUCAAACGUGUCUGUCGCUGUGCUUCCCUUCGACCUACAACCAUGGUUCUACAAGUACGGAUAUGGGUUUCCUAUAUUCAACAAUACGCAAUCUGUCCGAACGAUUCUUUUCAAUACGAAGAAUCAUUUGGGGCUCAACGCCGGCGUCAUACUGGCAUGGAUAGUCCUGAGCUUAACCACUAUCCCGCUAUUCACCGUCAUUAUGCGGCGAAGAGAUGAAAGAGCUCACGAACGAGAGUUGGCGAAACAGCAAGGAACAGAAAAGCUUGCACCUUAA